UCUUGUUGUCGCACUGGGACAAGAUGCUCCACUGUGCCAGCUGUGAAAAGCCCAUCCUGGACAGGUUCCUGCUGAAAGUUUUGGACAGACCGUGGCACGCCAAGUGCGUCCAGUGCUGCGAGUGCAAGUGCAGCCUGACAGAGAAGUGCUUCUCGCGCGAUGGGAGGCUGUACUGCAAGAAUGACUUCUUCAGGAGAUUUGGGACGAAGUGUGGCGGCUGCUCGCAGGGCAUUCUACCCAGUGAUCUCGUGCGCAGAGCCAAGAGUAAAGUGUUUCACCUGAACUGCUUCACGUGCGUCAUGUGCAACAAGCAGCUGUCCACAGGAGAGGAGCUCUACAUCCUGGACGAGUCCAAGUUCGUCUGUAAGGAGGACUACCAGAGCAGCAACGGGAAGGACACCGUCCUCCUGUCAGUUACAACGUGCAGCGACCCGAGUCUGUCCCCGGAUUCCCAGGACCCGCAGGACGACUGCAAGGACUCGGAGGAGGGGGGUGGGGGGCCCCUGUCCGACAAGGACGCGUGCGGCAACGAGGAGCCGGACAACGACGAGCAGGGCGCGGUGGGGAAGCGCCGCGGGCCGCGCACCACCAUCAAAGCCAAGCAGCUGGAGACGCUGAAGGCGGCGUUCGCGGCCACGCCGAAGCCCACGAGACACAUCCGCGAGCAGCUGUCGCGCGAGACCGGCCUCAACAUGAGAGUCAUCCAGGUUUGGUUCCAGAACAGGAGGUCCAAAGAGAGGCGCAUGAAGCAGCUGAGCGCCCUGAGCGCGCGGAGACACGUGUUCUUCCGGAACCCGCGGAGAGUGCGAGCUCUGGGGGACAGACUGGAGCCGGGGGAGCUGGGACACUUCUCCUAUUAUGGAGAUUAUCCCGGUGAGUUCUACGGCCCAGGAGGGAAUUAUGAGUACUUCCAGGGCCCGCCAUCAUCGCAGGCUCAGACUCCAGCCGACCUGGGCUUUGUGCCCUCUGCAGUUCCUGCUGGGACCCCGUUAGGAGUCGUGGACCACCACCAGCACCACCACCACCAUCACCACCACCCGCACGCAGGGCACCACUGCGCCGCGGGAGACGCGCAAUGCUUCCCGGACACGAUGGUCUCAUCCCACCACCUUCCCGCGGACUCACCUGGCAGCCCGGAGCCCGGCGGACCCGUUUCCAUCCACAGCAUGUCCAGUGAAAUGUGCGGCCCCGGGCCUGGACCUGGACCUGGACCCGGGCCUGGACCCGGACCUUUCACCGCCCUCAACGAGAACACGGGAUACAGCAACCAGCUGAACCAGCAGCCCCCAGAGCUGAGCGAGGGCACUGCCUGGUAACCAAC